AUGAAUGAAGAACCACCUCAGAUGGGGAAGUUAUUGCUGGAAGCAGAGAUCCCAGAGGAACUGUUGAAGGACAAAACACCACAGGAACAAAACAUAAUCAUGCGCGGUCACCUAACGCAGCGCCGCUUCGAGCAGAACGAAACGCCUGUUGUUCGGGAUGUGGUGCGGCAAAAGGUGAAGGAAGACGUACGACAGCUGGGGCUGAAAACAUAUCCUGCGCAACGACGAGCGCAGACGACUAACCAACUGAACGUCAUGCGGGAGAUGCACCAGGCCACGAAAUUCAGAAAUCCUACGGCAGCCCCAUUGCCAAUGCGGUUACCGCCACUUCUAGGAAAAAUGCUGCGGCGGCAAAACAGUACGGGUGCGAAAUCUACGCUGCUCGCACAGGAUGGCGGUGCAAGUGCGGUGAACCCCGACGCUGAGGUUGAGAAGGAUGGAAAGAGGUUGGCCUCGGCACAAGGGCAAGGUGACAGAGUUAAUCCCUCUGCGAGUGGACGAAAAUACUUUUUGUUGGAAGAUUUUGAUAGCACCGAUUUUGAGCUUCAUACGCCGGAAGAGUGGGUUGCGCUCGGCGAAGCAUGUGGGGGUACGCCGGCGCGGUCGCGCUACUUCAUCAAAACAACGAAUGGGACGGAGUGGCGUCCAUGUCGUGUCGUGGCGUACAAUGAGUCCAGCUGUUGCUACCGCAUCGUGUGGGAGUGCGAUGGUUGUAGCAAGUGGACCACCAGGCUGAACAUUAUAUUUGAUGAUGAAAGCGAGUUGAAGUGGCUUGAGCGUGUACGGCAAGCUGAGGCAUAUCGAGAUGAAACAGAAGCAGCGCUUCGGAGUCGCCUGUACAUAGAACAGCUCGACAAGAGCAUUCUGGCUCCAAUGGAUCAGGUGCAAAUGGAGCGGAUUCUCUCCCUCGUUGCCCGUCGGUUUCCAAUCACAACGCUAUCGCUUGUUGAUUGUUGUACGCGCGAGGUGGAAGAACUCUACUAUUACAGUCUCAAGCGAGCGCAACACUGGCGGGAGAUGGUGAGUGACCCAGAGGAACGGAAGAGAGCACACUUACUGGGACUUCCACCUCCACCGCCAGGGAUGGUGACCGAGACAUAUACUGAGUCGACGAAGGAGUUACGCGGCACAAUUGACACACCAUCACCCAAUUUUGAGGCCGCACGACAGUUCGUGGCGGAAAAUCUCUUCCAGACACAUUUGCUACUGAAUACGACCAUUCAUUCCAUUCACUCACAGUGGGGCGAGUACAAGUCUCAGUUGUUCUGCUUAACACAGUACGGCAAGGGUGACACACCGCUGCAGCUCCGAUUGUUCAGUGACAUGCAGUCGCACCGCGGUAUUGCCACUGCCGAGAAGUUGCGGAAUGAGUGGAGUAUGAACGUACGGUACACAAUCCUGAACAAGCUGGACCUCCAUUUCAAGUUUUAUGAAGAUGAUAUAAAUCGAUACAACGGCAGUCGCAUGAACCGCUUUGUGAACCUUGUCAACAUCAUGAUGACAUCUCAGCUACGUGAGUUACUGGUCGCCUCGCUACAGGAAUAUGCCGACUUUAUCUAUCAGUACCGUACAGUACCGCUUGACGGCGAUGAGGAGAUGGAAGAGCUUCAGGAAGACAUUGAAGAGGCUCAACACUGGGUGAGACGUCAAAACGAGUGGAAAGCGAAACUGCGCGCUGACGCUGAAGGAGAACAAGAGCGGUUGCGCAGUGGUGGCGCAUCGGCUGGCCCCACAGGCAGUUCCCGCCGUGUCCCGCCUAAGGCCGAAGAGGAAGAUGCGGAUGGGGAGGUACCCUUUGUUUGGCGGCUGGGCCAAUUCCGGAACAGUAUACCGUACACAAGGAGAGUAGUCGAAAUGACGAUGAACACACGCGGCUUACAGCCACUGUUUAUACUGAACCUCGUGGAGGAGGACGGCCGCGUUGUAUUCUUCCCCACACUUGAGGAAGUCAAACUUCGUGUGCGCGGUGUCUUUGAGAGCUGUUUCGAACAUGCGGAUAGAAUACAAGGUAUGGGUGAUCAGCUUUUCCCCUUGUUGCAGCUCCCGCAGGUGAUACUCCAACCUCUCGGCCCGCAGGAACCAGUUGUGUGUGAGGCACGUCGCUUGAUUGACAAGGCUCUUGAGGACAACGUCGAGGCCCCUAUGCAGCUUCUGCAAAUGUACCAAACUUUUGAGUACAUACUACGACUUGAUCCUAACGACCUUGUUGAGGAGGCAAACGAGCGUCAGUUGUCCUUGCACGACUUCGACUGGACGUUCGAGCGACUCACUCGUGACAAGGAGCGCAUUGUGCACCGUACGCAUAAUCAUGUCAAGUACGAAAUGUUUUUUAUUGACUGUACAGGGAUUAAAACAACACUAAUCACAAAAGCAACCAAUGUUCAGGACGCGUUGAUGGAAGCACUAGCGCAGCGUCUAAGGGGAAAUUGUACUUCUAUUAUAAAUGAAUAUAAUAUGAUGAGUAAUCGCAUGGCGGUGGAGCCUCGAACACCGGAAGAGUUGCAGGAGCUACGUGACUUCCUUGAUGCUAUUCCGGGCCGUCAGGAACAAAUAAACGUGGUGUUCGACACCGUCACCUCUGGCUUUGACCUUCUGUUCAAAUACAGAUAUGACUUCUCCCCUGAGGCUUGCUACGACUACCACACAGCAUAUGAAUGGCCGCGGCUCUUACAACAGGGGUUGGAGGAUGGGAAUUUCCGCAGCAGAGAGUACCGCACACUCCUUAUGCAGGUUCUCCGCGACAACUGCGAGGUGCUCACAGAAAACAUUGUCCGUUUGGCCAACACUGUGGAGGACUUCACCCAUUUUGGCGACGAUGCACGCGCCGAUCAGUACUACGAGCAUGCUAAAGCAUUGGAGCAGCGCAUCAGGGAACACCAGGCCCAAAUGCAACUGUACAACAGCCAUGAGACGCUAUUUGCCCUUCCGCAAUCGAAGUGGCCGCAACUGAAGGCUAUUAAAGCGCAACUGGAACCGUAUUACGUGCUGUGGGAGGUUGUAAGUCACUUUCAAAACGAGAGUGAGCGCUGGCUGAAUACGCGCCUCCACGCGCUACAACCGUUCGAAGCUGAUCGACAACUAACGGACUGGGCGAAAAAGGUAGCAGUUGUGUCUAAAAAGAUUAAGGAGGCGGAACCACUAGCUGUGGCAAAGCGAAUCCGUGAAAAUAUAGCCAUCUUCAAGCCGAACAUUUCUCUGCUGUAUGCGCUUCGGAGUAACUUACAGGCGACGCACUGGAAAGCCAUUUUCCAAGUGUGCGGUGUGCCGAGGGAAAAGCAAAAUUUAGGUGCCGGAGGCUCGGAGUCAAACGAUUCUCGGCCAUUCAGUGACUUCAUCAAACUAGGCAUGCUGGACUUCAUGCCUCAGAUAGAAAGCAUCGCAGCCGUAGCGCAGAAGUCGUUCGAGUUGGAAAGUGAGCUCAUGGCGAUGGAGACGGAAUGGAAGAAGCUCCUCUUUGAGAUUGAGCCGUACCAAGAUACAUACAAGCUCAAGGCAAAUGAUAUCAUGCAGUUGACUUUGGAUGAGCACAUACUAAAGACGCAAUCUAUGCUGGGGAAGCCGAUUGUGCGCCAAGCUCCCGCGCUUCAGGCGCGCGUACUACAGUGGGAGAAACUGCUAGACAAGGUUCAAUGUACAAUGGAUGAAUGGUUCAAGUGCCAGGGCACGUGGGCUUACCUUGAGCCUAUUUUUUCGUCUGCGGAUAUUUCCCGCAGCUUGCCAAAGGAGAAACAGCUUUUUGUUGUCAUCGAUGAGUCGUGGCACAAAAUUAUGGAACAGGCGCGCACCACACCGCAGAUACUAACUAGAUGCCAAGAUGAAUUGCUGCUGCGGACGCUAGUUGAAAAUAACAACAACCUUGACAUCAUUCUUAAGAAGCUGCAACAAUUUCUCGAAACGAAGCGAAUGGCCUUUCCGAGGUUCUACUUCAUUUCUAAUGAGGAGUUGCUUCAAAUAUUGUCGGACAGCAAGGAUCCAUACCUCGUGCAACCGUAUCUCAGCAAGUGUUUUGAAGGCAUUAAGCGUAUUCAUUUCGCGGAUGCGCAUGAUAUCCUUGCAAUGGAAUCAUCUGAAGGGGAAGUCGUGCGUCUAGUAAAGACAAUUAACCCGAAUGAUUUCCAAAAUAGAGUAGAGUUAUGGUUGCAGGGUCUGGAGACUACUAUGAAGGAAACCAUUUUAGACCAACUGAAGCAGGCGACGGCUGAUUAUGUACAACGCAAAAAGCGGGCAGAAUUUAUUCGUGCAUGGCCAGGCCAGGUGGUUAUUGCCAUCUGUUCGCUUUAUUGGACUAUGGAGGCAACAGAGGCGAUGAGUAAGGAGGGAACUGUGGGUCUGACAAGUUACCACGAGAAGUGUGUUGGACAGCUCGACGAACUUAUUGUACUCGUGCGAGAUCGCAACCUCGCAGUGGUGGAACGGUGCACGUUGGAAGCGCUGGUCGUAGUGGAAGUGCACGCGAAGGAUAUCAUAGGGCAGCUUUCAGAGAAAGGUGUGGAUUCACCGAAAAGCUUUGACUGGCUGGCUCAGCUACGGUACUACUGGGAGGAGGGCCACCUUCAAGUGCAUCAAAUUAAUGCCUCGCUACGCUACGGCUACGAGUACUUGGGUAACACCGGCAGGCUUGUCAUCACACCGUUGACGGACCGUUGCUAUCGGACUCUCAUUGGUGCACUGCACUUAAACUACGGUGGCGCACCGGAAGGCCCUGCUGGUACCGGAAAGACAGAAACAACAAAGGAUCUUGCGAAAGCUCUGGGUAAGUACUGUGUGGUGUAUAACUGCUCAGAUCAGAUCACAGCGAAGGAUAUGGCAAAGCUCUUCAAAGGCCUAUCGCAGUCAGGAUCGUGGGGGUGCUUUGAUGAAUUCAACCGUAUUGAAAUUCAGGUCCUUUCUGUGAUCGCGCAGCAGGUAGCGGUAAUUCAGGAAGCUAUUAUCCAGAAGCGCUCGGAAUUUAUAUUCGACGGCGCGCAGAUUCGCUUGGAUCCUGGCUGUGCUAUCUUUAUCACCAUGAAUCCUGGGUACGCUGGACGUGCUGAGCUUCCAGAUAACCUCAAGGCGCUUUUUCGACCGGUGGCAAUGAUGGUGCCCAACUAUGCUAUGAUUGGUGAGAUUCAGCUGUAUUCAUACGGUUUCCUCUAUGGUAAGGAGUUGGCGGAAAAGAUCGUCGCCACUUACCGUCUGUGCUCGGAACAGCUAUCAUCUCAGGACCACUAUGACUACGGUAUGCGUGCCGUGAAGGCUGUGUUGACUGCGGCUGGUCGCUUGAAGAGGGCGUACCCUGACGAAGACGAAAUGGUACUGAUGCUGCGUUCCAUCCAAGAUGUUAACCUUCCCAAGUUCCUGACGCAGGAUGUGGAACUUUUUAAGGGAAUCAUUUCCGAUUUGUUCCCCGGUGUGAACUUACCAGAACCCGACUAUGUGGACAUGCACAAUGCCCUUGUGAAGGUGUGUACAACACGUAAUUUGCAGCUCACGCCCUACUUUGAGCUGAAGGUGAGGCAGACGUAUGAAAUGAUUGUUGUGCGUCACGGAAUGAUGUUGGUUGGGUAUUCUUUUGGUGGAAAAACGAAGGUAUUGCACUGUCUGUCAGAGUCUCUUGGCCUCAUGGAAGCUGUUGGGAAGGAACGACGCACACGUCUCUUCACAAUGAAUCCAAAAUCAGUAACGAUGCCACAGUUGUACGGCAAGGUGGAGCAGUCGGGUGAAUGGACGGACGGUAUUCUACCCUACAGAUUCAGGCUCGCUGCGCAGGACACUUCCACCGACCGUAAGUGGCUUGUCCUUGACGGGCCUGUAGAUGCAGUGUGGAUUGAGAACAUGAAUACUGUCCUCGACGAUAAUAAAAAACUCUGCCUUCAGAAUGGUGAUAUCAUCGCAAUGUCCAAAGAGAUGAAUCUUAUAUUUGAGGUACAAGAUCUCGCGCACGCUUCACCCGCCACCGUCUCCCGUUGUGGUAUGGUAUAUGUGGAGCCGGACUCCCUUGGUUGGCGUUGCCUAAUCGACUCCUACUUCAACACCAUUCCGGAGCAGCUGCGAAAGGAAGAAGCUGCCGUAGCAGCUCUGCGCAAACUUGUGGACGUUUUUCUGCAACCUAUGCUGGAUGUGGCGCGGAGGGAGGUAAAACCGGUGAUUCCCCAGGGUGCCCUUGUGGCUGUGUCGGGCUUUAUCAAGCUCUUCUCGACGCUCUUGUCCAGCCUCCCCUCUGCUGAAGAGACCGCGGCGGCGGCGGCCGUAGACCCCUCCACGCUAGAGCGCAACCUUCUAAUGAAGAUUGAGGGCUGGUUUCUUUUCUCGCUUGUUUGGUCCGUCGGGGGAUGCCUCUUUACAAAGGAUCGCGCUAUAUUCAGCAAUGCACUGCACACUCUAAUUUCCUCCGCAGCUUCAGAGGGCUUGUACAAAUUUGUCCUUCCCCUUAUGGAAAACAAGCGCUCCUUCUUCGACUUCCGUCUAGAAACGGAGGACGGCGUUCGUUUCGCCCAAUGGAUCGACUACGUGCCGAGUUUGGUUAUUGAAGAGGAGACCGAAUACCAAGACGUCAUUGUACCAACAAGCGCACAGUUGAGGUUCUCGUACCUGACGCAACUUAUGAUCAAUUCCAUGCAUCCAGUUCUCCUAGUUGGUGACACAGGAACUGGUAAGACAAUUAUGAUGAAGGCUUUGCUAAAGUCGCUUCCUGAGGACACAUACGCGCUCAAUAUGAUCCAGUUUUCCGCGCAAACAUCCGCUGGUAACCUCCAGCGGCGCAUCGAUGGUAGUUUAGAAAAGCGCCGCAAGGGGGUAUAUGGCCCGCCCAUCAACAAAAGAAUGAUUAUCUUUGUUGACGAUACCAACCUGCCCCAAGUGGAGGAAUAUGGCGCCCAACCACCAAUUGAACUGCUCCGUCAGUUUCUUGACCAUGGUGCCUGGUACAACCACUCGAAGGAUGGCAUUGAGUACCGUCGGUUGGUGGAUGUUUUGUUAGUCUGUGCGAUGGGUCCUUCAGGUGGAGGACGGAGUGAAGUUACCCAGCGGUUUGCCAGGCAUUUCAACAGUAUCGCCGUUCCAGCCUUUGACGAGCCAACCCUACAGAAGAUAUUCACAACCCUGAUAGACUGGAUUUUGGGGAAGGGUUUCCCUCCGGCGCUUCGAGGGAUGGGUUCGGCACUUGUCAGUGCGACAGUGGAGCUUUACGAAACGUUAGUGGACAAGUUGAAGCCCUCACCGGAGAAAUCACACUACACUUUCAACUUACGUGACGUGAGCAAGGUGUUUCAAGGUAUCGACAUGGCUAAUCCGGCUAAAAUCACAGAUGAGUUGAAACUUGGGCAGUUGUGGUUGCACGAAGUCUCCCGCGCCUUUGCCGAUCGCUUCACGGAAGAUAAGGACACGGCAUGGUUCUUCGGCGAGGUAUGCAAGUUAUCGAUGAGUCACCUGAAGUUAUCGUUAGAUAGUGUCAAAACUGCGGAGAUUCCAACUCUGUUCUCCACGUUUAUGAACGAAGAGGGUGUUUAUGAGGAGAUCACUGAUGCGGCGGAGGCCCGAAGGGUGCUGGAGGGUAAAGUAGAGUCGUACAAUGCUUUGUCGGGCUCUGGAGAGCUGGAUCUCGUUAUAUUCAAUUAUGUGCUGAUACACGUAGCGCGCAUCUGCCGGGUUCUUCACCAGCCUGGUGGCCAUCUUCUUCUGAUCGGUGUCGGUGGAAGCGGGCGGCGGAGCUGCGCUAGGUUCGCCGCUUUUCUGCAAGAAUGUGACUACAUGACCAUUACACCCACGAAGGACUACGAUCAUUCCAACUUCUUAGAUGACAUCCGUACCCUGUUGUUGCGCACGGGUAGAGAUGGUUACACCACUGUCUUUGUUAUGGCGGACACACAGAUCUCAUCAGAAAAUUUCUUGGAAGAUAUUUGUAGUCUUCUGAACACCAGCGAGGUUCCUGGUAUAUGGGACGCGAAGCAGGAUAAGGAAGCAUAUGAGGAUGCCGUGGCUGCGCUCCGUGAGGUUGGAAAGGAGCUCGGUCGUCCUGAUAGUGCCGAGGCUUUACAAGCCCUAUUCACGGAGCGCUGUAGAAAGUACAUGCACAUUGCCCUCUGUUUCUCGCCCAUUGGCAGUGCGCUACGUGAUAGACUUCGUAAGUUUCCCUCCUUAGUGAACUGCACAACCAUUGAUUGGUUCAGUGAUUGGCCAGAAGACGGUCUGCGCUCCGUCGCGGCAAGGUUCCUUUCAAAGGUGGAACUCACGGAACGGGAGCGCGCGGCGGCGGAGGAGAUGUUCGUGCAGUUUCAGCAGCAAGUGCGUGACCUUGGAAGAGUGUACUUUGAUGAAAUGAGGCAGUAUACCUAUGUGACGCCAACUUCCUACUUGGAUCUGCUCUCAACUUUUGCCCGCAUGCUGUGCGAAAAGCGGACAGAGCUCACGGCCAUGAUGCACCGUUACGCCAAUGGUUUGACGCAGUUGAAGAAGACGGAGGACCAGGUUGAGGUCAUGCAGCAGGAGCUGGCUCUAAUGCGACCGGAGCUUGCGAAGAAGCAGCUGGAGACGGAUAAUCUAAUCAAAGAAGUGGAACUGGAGAGUAAACUCGCGGAGGAGCAGCGCGCCAUCGUUGCCGUGGAUGAAGCGGCAGCGAAUGAACAGGCAGCAGCUGCAAAGGAGAUCAAAGAUGCUUCGCAGCAGAAGGUGGAUGAGGCGCAGCCGCUCGUGGAGCAGGCGCAGCGUGCGGUUCUCGACCUAGAUCCAAAGGCUCUGCAGGAGAUCAAGGCACUUAAAACGCCACCUCAGGGUGUGAAGUAUGUAAUUGAAGUUCUGUGUACGUUGCUGGGUGGGCAGUAUAAACCGAAGGCAGUGCGUGACGCCCUCACGGGAAGCGUAACAGUUCCAUACUGGGAACAUGCCAAAGUUACACUGCUUACGGCAGAGUUCAAGAGCACGCUGCUGAAUGCGUAUCCUGUGAUUGUCGAUACCGCACCUAAUGAGCAAAUAGAGGAAGUGAAGAAGAAGAUGACAAACGACAUGUUCAAAAACGAGAACAUUAAAAAGACUUCUGUGGCGCUUCUUGGUGUGGCGACGUACAUCCGAGCGGUGGUGGAGUACUACAAGCAGAACAAGAUUAUUAAACCGCUACUGGCGCAAGCCGCGGCGGCGCAGCAAGAAUACGAUGCUGCCAUGGAAAGUUUAAACAGGAAGAAGGAAGAACUGCGUAUUGUAAAUGAAAAGUUAGAGGCGCUCACGAAUCACCUUGAGGCCGUGAAGAAAGAUAAACAGGAUCUGGAAGAGAAGGUAAACGACACAGAUGUCAAACUUACUCGUGCGAAAAAACUUAUCGAGGGCCUCGGCGGUGAAAAGGUGCGGUUUGCCGGGGAAAGCAAGCGAUUUGAAGAAGAGCUCAAGUACGUGGUGGGCAAUGUCGUUGUUAGCGCCGGUGUCGUCGCCUACAUGGGACCAUUCUUGCACAAAUACCGUGAGAGGGCCACUCGAACAUGGCUUGACAUGUGCAAGAAACAUAACAUGUUGGUGUCAGAAGACUUUGCGCUGGCGAAGUUCGUUGGGUCGCCCAUCGAUAUCCAAGCAUGGAAGCUCCAACAGCUCCCCUCCGAUAGCUUCUCAAUUGACAAUGCAAUCAUCGUGAAGACAUCUGGUAGGUGGCCAUUGUUCGUAGAUCCGCAACAACAAGCGAAUAACUGGAUUCGAAACAUGGAGCGCGCCAACGAUUUGAUUAUCACGCGACCUUCAGAGGCCGACUGCAUGAAAGUAAUCCGGAAUGCCGUCUCGCAAGGGCAACCCGUGUUGUUUGAGUGCGUAGAGGAGACGUUGGACCCGACUCUUGAAAAUCUGCUUCUUAAGCGCCUGACACGGGAGGGAAAUCUCAUGGUAGUCCAUCUCGGAGAGCCUGUCGUUUAUAAUGAAGGUUUCCGCUUCUACAUGACAACCAAGCUUCCACGGCCACACUACCUCCCGGAGGUGAGCACAAAAGUGACGUUGAUUAAUUUCAUGAUAACUCAACAUGGCCUGCAAGACCAGUUGUUACAGCGUGUCAUGAUGAGUGAACGGCGCGAAGUUGAGGAGAAGAAGCAGGCCCUGACGCUGGAAGCGGCAGAGAACCAGGCGAACUUGAAGACGACGGAGGAUAAAAUUCUCGCGAUUCUAUCGUCCGAGGGGAAUAUACUAGAAAGUGAGACGGCUAUCGAGGAGCUCGACAGCUCCAAGGUGCAAAGUGACCAGAUCGCGAAGCGCCAGGGAGAAAUUGAGGCGAUGGAGCGCAUUAGUGACCGCACGCGAAGCCUUUUUGUUCCUGUUGCUAACCUAGGCGCGACUCUUUUCUUCUGUGUAACAGAGUUGGCUAACAUUGACCCCAUGUAUCAGAAUUCGCUGAGCUCCUAUGUGACAAUCUUUCAGGAGGCUCUGCAGACCAGCGAGGCGUCUGAAGACGUGGAGGCACGCAACCUCAACAUAAAGUUGACAUUUCAAAAAUCACUGUAUCAACGGAUCUGCCGUUCUCUGUUUGCUCGGGAUCAGCUCCUCUUCUCUUUCAUUAUGUGCCUAAAGGUGCACGAGGUGGAUCCGAGGCAAUUACGUUGGCUGCUUACAGGUGGUUUUGAGGCGGAUGAGGGAAUGACACCUAACCCCUUCGCAUCAUGGCUCCCUAGUCAAUGCUGGAAACUUGUUUGGCGCGCCAGCACACAGCUCCCAGAACUGAAGUCACUGCAGGAUAUGGUACGUGAAUAUGAGUCGUUCUUCCGUAGUUACUACGAGGAGCCUGAUCCUUUCGCUGUUGAGAAACCAGAAGCUAUUGCUCAACUGUCUGACAUAUUGCAACUCAUUAUCGUUCGCUGUUUUCGCACAGACAAGAUCGUCCCCGCGGUGACGGCGUACGUACAUCAUAAACUGGGCAGUUUUUUUGUUGAGCCGUCACUGUACACUCUGGACGAGGUGGUUACUGAGCUUGAAGCUGAUCCUUCAGUACCACUAGUUUUGGUACUGUCGCCUGGUGCCGACCCAAAUGUGGAGCUGGACCGUCUUGCGGAGCAGCGAGGGAUGAGUGCUCGUCUUUCUAAGCUUUCUUUAGGCCAGGGUCAAGGUGUGUUCGCGCGUGAACUCAUAGAGGAGGGCGUGCAAGCUGGAAACUGGGUGCUGUUGCAGAACUGUCAUCUAUACCAAGACUUUAUGCCGGAACUUUCGCGUAUUAUUGAGAACUACAGCGAUAGCACGGCCAAAAUGAACCUGCAUGCACAAUAUCGCCUCUGGCUCACAUCACUUCCGAGCGAAACGUUCCCCAUCUCCAUCCUGCAGAACGGUGUGAAGCUUGUGCAGGAACCACCAAAAGGACUAAAGAGCAACCUCCUUCAGUCGUAUCUUUCUGAUCCUGUUUCCGAUCAGACCUUCUUCAACUCCUCAAAUAAGCCUGAGGCGUGGCGCAGAAUGCUUUUCGGGUUGUGCUUCUUCCAUGCCGUAGUGCAGGAACGUCGCCAGUUUGGACCGCUAGGAUGGAACCGUAUGUAUGAGUUUAAUGAUACCGACAGGCGCAUCAGCGUGCGGCAGUUGCACAUGUUUCUUGAAGAGAGUGACGAAAUACCGUACGAAGCCCUUCUGUACCUUACCGGGCAAUGCAAUUACGGGGGGCGUGUAACAGACGACUGGGACCGCCGCUGCCUCAUGGCAAUUCUCUCGCUGUACAUAACCCCCAUGGUCCUCGACGAUGAUUAUGCAUUCUCCGCUGAGGCACCUGAAUACUUCGUCCCUCCAUUUGGAGAGUACAACUCCUACGUGGAGCAUAUUCAAGAGUUGCCGCUUCAGCAACCACCCGCUGUAUUUGGCCUACAUGAGAACGCGAAUAUCACAAAAGAUGAGAGAGACGCAAGGAAUCUGCUUGAGGCUACGCUCUUGACUCAACCAAGGGACUCCUCUGACACUACAUCAAAGUUAGAUCCAAAGGCAACGGUUAAGGAAAUGGCACACCACGUCUUCUCUCGUCUCCCGGUACUAUUCGACAUUGAGCAAAUACAGCAAAGACAUCCCAUUGAUUACUCCCAAUCAAUGAAUACUGUAUUGUUGCAGGAGUCGAUCCGUUACAACCGGCUCCUGUUUAUUGUGCGGCGAACGCUUGUUGAUGUGCAAGACGCCAUAAAUGGUACUGUAGUAAUGAGUGCCGACCUUGAAGAGGUGUUUAAUGCAAUGUACGAUGGUAAGGUGCCCGAAGUAUGGAAAAAGCGAUCCUAUCCAUCGCUUAAACCAUUUGGUUCAUAUGUAAACGAUUUGGUAGAGCGGUUGGGGUUUCUGCAGACAUGGUGUGAUGAGGGACCGCCUUGUACCUUCUGGUUGAGUGGAUUUUACUUCACUCAGUCAUUCUUAACUGGUGUUAUGCAGAACUACGCUCGUAAGUGGAAGAUACCUAUUGAUAAGUUAAUAUGGCAGUUUACUGUGAUGAAGGAGGAAACAUGUGAAGAAGCUCCCGAGGAUGGUUGUUACAUUUAUGGGUUGUUCUUGGAGGGAGCCGGCUGGGAUCCGGUUGAAAACGCGUUGUGUGAGAGCAAGCCGAAGGAACUCUUCGUCAAGUUCCCGCUGUUGAAGUUGGUGCCUUGCCGUCCCCAAGACCUUCCGGAUUCACCGGUGUAUAAGUGCCCUUGCUACAAGACAACUGACCGACGCGGUGUGCUCUCAACAACUGGGCACUCAACCAAUUUCAUUCUUGUGAUUGAUUUGCCACGUUUGAAGACGACAGAAGAGAGCCACUGGGUACUCCGGGGGGCAGCCCUCUUCACGCAGUUGCCGUUUUAG